AGAACCCUCCUGCUGACGACUUUGACGAUAAGAUGAUUCCUCAUGCCAUGAUCACCUAAUCCUAUUCUCCUCCAGCGCCGGGCGCAUACGACCUCAACACGAUAUACAUACACCAGACGAGAAGCUACCAGCAGCAACCUCACAUAAUGAGCGAAAUAGUCCGACGACGCGGCACCGCACCGCCGCCUAGCUUCUCAUCCCCUCCCACCGACGACGAGGACUACUCCAAACCUCGCCAUGGUCCUCUCAUGCAAUCCCUCCGCAUCGUUGGUUUCGGCAUCUACUUCUUCGGCACGGGCAUCUUCAUCCACCUCGCCCAGCUACUCGGCCUUCCUCUCUACUUCUACAACCAGGACUGGUUCUAUGCAUGGAUCGCCUUGACGAAGCAAUUCUUCGGUAUCCUCAUCACCACCAUGACCCAAUGGUGGAGUCCAACCCUCAUCCGCAUAAGCGGCGACAAGAGCAUGGCAGGUCUCCUCCACCAAGAUGCAUCCGGUCUUCUGACCGUCGACUUUGGCGAUCGCGUGGUCCUCAUGGCAAAUCACCAAAUCUACACCGACUGGCUAUACCUCUGGUGGAUCGCCUACACAAACUCCCUCCCCAUGCACGGACACAUCUACAUCAUCCUCAAAGCCUCCCUCAAAUGGGUUCCUCUCAUAGGUCCGGCAAUGCAACUCUACGGCUUCAUCUUCAUGGCGCGGAAGUGGGCCACCGACCAAGAGACAAUGCGCUACCGCUUACAAAAACUCAACUCGCGACACUCUCAACCCUUGACAUCCUCCUCCUCGAAACCACAACUCGACCCAAUGUGGCUUAUGAUCUUUCCCGAAGGCACCAAUCUCUCCGCCAACACCUACGGUAUCUCCACCAAAUACGCCGAAAAGACCUCCACCGCGAUGACGAAACACUGUCUUCUCCCUCGACAUACCGGCCUGCAGUUCUGCCUGCAAGAACUUCGCUCAACCGUCCCAUACGUCUACGACUGCACCAUCGCCUACGAAGGAACACCGCCCUCCGGAUUCGCCGCCGAACGCUUCGGUCUGCGAAGCGUCUACUUCGAAGGUCUGCCACCGAAAAGUGUCAAUAUGCACUGGCGCCGAUUUGCGAUGGACACCAUACCGCUUGACGACGAGAAAGAGAUGGCGGCGUGGACGUUGGCGAGGUGGAGGGAAAAAGACGAGUUGCUGGAGGUGUUCAAGCAGAAGGGGAAAUUUCCAGCGGAUAAAACUGCAGUCCAGAUCGAGGAUGGGCCGCAGGAGGAGGAGUUCAAGACGGCGUAUAUUAAUACCGAGGUGAGGACUAGGAGUCCGGUGGAGUUGGGGAGUGUUUUUGUGCCGGUCGCUUUGGCGGCCACGGUGGGAAGGAUUGGAGUUCAGAUUAUGGAUCGGAUGUUUGGGAAGUGA